GGUGGGACCUUUGCCUCAGUUUUCUCUCUGCUUCCUGCACGGUGGUGACAGCUCUGGUCCCACCUACACCAGAUGGCAACCGAGGUGUUCUGUGAAGUGGGGGGUGGGGAGGAGGCUAUACCGAAGAAGAAGGAAACGCUCAACAUUAUGAAUGUGAUUGACCAACUGCCAAAGCCCUGUCCAAACUCCAAGUUUAUUAACCGGUCUUUGGCUACCAAAGGCCUCCCGCUUUCCUCGGGACACAGCUUGGUCAACCACUUAGAGGAAGACACCACCGACGUCAUGAAGCAGAUGCCAGCAGAAGAUUCUGAAUACAGCUCAGAUGACACUAGUGUGUCCCCCAUAUCAUCCACUCUGAUGAACCCCAUCAAACUGGCUGUGACUCAGCCCAAUAACAGCUUCUUUGCCGGAAUGCUGGAGGGUGAGCUAAACAAACUCAGUUUAUCGUCACUGACCAAGAACAGAGAAAAUGAGAAUCUGGCCAUCUGCCCCCGCUCAAGGUCCCAAAUAGCCCCCGCGGGCCUGUUGGACCUUGACAACCCUGCACUGGACACAGACACCUCCUCAACACGCUCUGAGUCUUCUGUGGUCCUGGAUGUGCCAGAGGCCCCCUUCAUCUGCGAGCACACUGUUGGCGAUUCCACAGCUAUGAUUUCCUGGACUUAUGCUGUGGGCAAGCAGCAGGUCAGUUUCUACCAGGUGCUGCUGCAGGAGGCGACCAAGCGAGGCGACAAGGAGAUGCCCAAGGUCAAGAACCGCCCCUGGAUCUUCAACAAGAUCCUGGGCACCACUGUCAAGCUGAUGGAGCUGAAGCCGAACACGGGUUACUGCCUUACUGUCCGCGCAGCCAACACAGCGGGGGUAGGGAAGUGGUGUAAGCCUUAUAAAUUUGCAACCGUGCCUACCGACUUCAACAGCUUCCCCGAGAACAAUCCCAUCCAGGUCACCGUGCAGCGCAAACAACCUCAGCGGAGAACCGUGUCCAUGACGAUGGAUGAGAUGCGGAGGAUGGAGGAUCUGGAAUACCUAUAUCCGUAUUAGGGGGCGUGGGUCGAGGCUAUCCCCUGCCCACUGUCAGUCUUGGCCCUGGGUCCUCAGGAACCAGAAUCAUGAGAUGGACUGUACCACCAAGUACCAAGAACCACUAGUUAGCCUGUCAGCCAAGGGCCUGGGGGCAGAUGUACUGGAACCUCACCCUUGGGUCGAGGCCAAGGACAGACAUAAGCCCCAUUCACUGAGACACCUUGGGCUGGGCCAUUGCCCAACAGCUGCUAGGUGCCCUCCUUCCUCCCUGACCUGGCUGGUUCCAGGUCCCUCAUUAAAGAACUGAAGGCCCAUCCAAUA